AUGAAAGGAAUGGGAUCCACCAUUAAGUGGUCGGGCAAGCUCAAUCCCGAGGCAAGGAGAGACAAGACCAAGUGGUGCGAGUUUCACGGCGACUAUGGACACAACACCGCAAACUACAUCGCCUUGCGGCUAGAGGUCGCUACACUUCUGAAGAGGGGACAUCUCCAAGAUCUGCUAACAGAUAAGGGGAAGAACACCAUUAGCCAGAAAAGCUCAAAAGAACCAUCACCACCUCCCGGGAACCCACACCGAAAGGGCUUUGUUCGCUCAUCUCCAGAGGAUGACAAGCCGGUCACCUUGGCCACUCCUUAUCACAAUGCUCUGGUCGUCUCCAUGCAGAUCGCUAACAUCCUAGUGAAGAGAGUAUUCGUAGAUGGAGGAUCUUUAGCAAACAUCCUAUUCCUCGAAGCAGUGAAGGCUAUGAGACUGGAAGAAGCAAACAUCAAUAUGCGGCCGACACUGCUGGUUGGGUUCAGCUUUGAGCAGAAGUACACUAUCGGGGAUAUCAUCCUCCCUAUCUAUGCCGACAAAGUAAACAAACAGACCGUCUUUCUAGUGAUCGAUUGCCCCUCUCCCUACAACGUCAUCUUGGGUCUACCCUGGAUCUACGACAUGAGAGCAAUCCCAUCUACCUUCCACCAGACGAUCAGGUUUCCAACCAAAUGGGGGGUACGAGAGAUCAAGGGCGACCCCAAAGCUUCCAGAGACUGCUACAAGAAUGCCUUUAAGGGCAAAGGUAACUCUUCAUAG